AUGAGGGACGGCGCGGACACCGUCCUGUGCGUGGAGUCCGCCGAGCCGAGCCAGACCGAAUUCUGCAACCCCGCCUUCGAGCCCGAGUGGGGGCCGCCUCGCCCGCCACCCGCCUCCUGGGGGGAUGCCCGUCGUCGUGCCCGCGCUGCCUGGCACGGCUGGCGUCCCGGAGGGCUGCCACCCGACUGGCACUUCGCAGGGCUGUGCGCCCUGCUGCUGGCCAGCCUGCUGCUGGGGCUGCUGGGGCUGGUGGCCGUCCUGCUGGCCCAGCUGCAGGCUGCACCCCCAGCCGGAGCUUCUCCUCCGCUGCCCGCCAGGGGCCUCGUCACCUCUGGCACCCCUUCCGCCACCGCCUCCACGGGGACCCCUAAGGGGCAGCGAGAGGCGGGCCUGAGCCUUGCACCCCAGACCUCCUGUGGGGGCCUCCUCCUUGGACCACAGGGCGUCUUCAGCAGCCCCAACUACCCAGACCCCUAUCCGCCCGACACCCACUGUGUGUGGCACAUCCAGGUGCCCGCAGACCGGGCCAUACAGCUCCGGAUCGAAGCUCUGGGCACGGAGAGCACAGCCUCUUGCCUCUUCGAUCGCUUGGAAAUCUCCCCGGAGCCGGAAGGGCCCCUCCUGAGGCUGUGCGGCAGGGACCCGCCCCCCACACUCAACACCAACGCCAGCCGCCUCCGCGUGGCCUUCGUCUCGGACAGCAGCGUGGAAGGGCGAGGCUUCCAGGCCUGGUUCCAGGCCGUGGCCCCGGGGCGCGGGGGCUGUGCCCAGGACGAGUUCCCCUGCGACCAGCUCACCUGCCUGCCCCCCGGCUGGGUGUGUGACGGGCUCACCCACUGCGAUGACGGCAGGGACGAGGGCAACUGCAGCGCCCCCUCAGGAUGUGGCGGGAACCUGACGGGGCUCCAGGGAAGUUUCUCUGCUCCCAGCUUCCUGCAGGGGUACCCUCAGCGACUGCUUUGCACCUGGCACAUCUCCGUCCCCGCCGGACAUGGCGUAGAACUGCAGUUCCUCACCUUCAGCCUGGACGCCCAGGGGGAGUGUCAGUCCGACCACGUGGCGGUGUACGAGGCCGGCAGCUCGGGGGCCCUGGGCCUCCUGGGCAGGUUCUGUGGGGCACAGCCGCCGCCCCGCCUCCUCUCCUCGCGCCCCCGGCUGGCCGUGCUCCUCAGGGCAGGCCGUGGCUCGGGGGGCUUCUCCGCCGCCUACCGGGCCCUGGACGCCUCAGAAAAGCCCUGUGGGCCCAUGGGGCCCUCCUGCCAGGACCCGGGGUGUCGGCGCUGGAUGUGUGAUCUGCGGCCAGACUGUGCAGAGGGCAGCCCCGCCCAGUGCGGCCCCGUGUCCCCCCCUCCAGUGCCGGCCUGUGAGCCCGUCCGCGUGGCCAUGUGCCUGGGGCUCAGCUACAACGCCACGGCCUUCCCGAACAUCUGGACAGGCGUAGCCGCCCAGGAGGAGGCGGUGGAGGUGCUCAGACAGCACGAGAGCCUGGCCCGCCUUCCCUGCUACCCCAGCCUCCGGAGGCUCCUCUGCGGGCUGCUGGUGCCCCGCUGCACCCCGCUCGGCAGCGUGCUCCCGCCGUGCCGCUCUGUCUGCCAGGAGGCGGAGCACCGAUGCCAGUCUGGCCUGGCACUGCUGGGUACCCCCUGGCCCUUCAACUGCAACCGGCUGCCCGAGGCCGCGGGCAUGGAAGCAUGUGCCCAGCCCUGA